GGACGGAGACCGUUCAACACGUCGGCGUUUCUGGGGAAGUUCCAUGAAAAGACAAGUAAAGUGGAGGUGAGUGUAACUGUAAGAGGGUAAAUCCUGGUGUACACUCGAUCAAUCGCAGUAAGCAGCCGCGGCUCUCCGGCCCGGUGCUGUCCGGCUAUGCCUGAAUUUUGAGAGCAUGUGGGUGAACACAAGUUGAUUGAUAUACCCACCGGAGUAUACCCAUCUCAGUCUUUAAACGGUCAUGUAUCUCUCUUACCAACGUUCCUUCACUCCCCUCUCGUCCCCUUUUAAACUGAGUUCCAGCCAUGUCAAAGAGCCAGUUUGACCCUGCUACGCACCCUCAUCGUAGAUUCAAUCCCUUGACGAACGAGCACGUUCUUGUCUCGCCGCACCGCAAUAAGAGGCCUUGGUUAGGCCAAGUCGAGCCUCCGCAACCCUCUAACCUACCCCAGUAUGAUCCGAAUUGUUAUUUGUGUCCGGGAAACACUCGUGCAGGAGGCCGAAAGACCGAUAUAUACAAUGAUACUCUGAUAUUCGAGAACGACUUUGCCGCGGUUCUCCCUCCUCCGGGUCCCGCUGCUCCUUCGGCUCCCCACCCACUCCUGCAGACGGAACCCGUCCAAGGAGGCUGUGAUGUACUCAUCUUCCAUCCGAGGCAUGAUCUUACGCUUGCCAGAUUGUCAUUGCCGGACAUAAGGAAGGUAAUAGACGAAUGGUGCAAGAUAUACCUUCAGAGAGGUCGUGAGGAGGGAAUCGCAUAUGUCCAAAUAUUCGAAAACAAAGGUGCCAUGAUGGGCUGCUCAAACCCACAUCCACACGGGCAAGUCUGGUCGCUUUCUAUCGUUCCGACACUCCCGGCCACGGAAAUAAAGAAUUUGAAGAAUUAUGCCUUGACGACGACUUUAGAAUCAUCGGCUCCACGAGGUCCAUACGGCCGAGCCUGCAUGUUAUGUGAAUAUGUACACUUCGAAGUCGGAGUGGAGUCUGAGUCUGGUCGCGUUGUUACCAAGAACGAGCAUUGGGUUGCAUUGGUUCCUUGGUGGGCUGUCUGGCCAUUUGAGAUCUUGCUUCUCCCCUAUAAGCGUCAUAUUUCCUCGAUCACUUCUCUGACCGACGAGGGGAAAGAUUCAUUUGCCCAGAUUUUAUCUACCGUAACCAAGCGCUACGAUAACCUAUUUGCCUGCUCUUUUGCCUAUUCCAUGGGUAUCCACCAACGCCCUCUUCCCCGUCCAGAAGGUUCGGAGGGGGAAGAUGAAGACGACGUCGCACACCUGCACCUUCACUUCGCUCCGCCUUUACUGCGAAGUGCCAGCGUCCGGAAGUUCUUGGUUGGGUACGUCCCGUCUGCAAAUGAAACAUGCGUCGUAUCGUUGAAUGCUGGAGUUGCUUAGUUUUGAGCUUAUGGCUGAGCCUCAGCGGGACCUCACCCCAGAGCAGGCUGCGCAACGUCUACGGUCGUGUUCUGACGUUCAUUAUCUGGACGUCGACUGAAGGCAGCCAAUGGCAUCGUGUUUCGACCAUGGCUUGGCAAUUGAUGGUAGGCCUUGCGGUGAGGUCAAGCCGAUGUAGAAUGCGGAUAUUAAAUCGUGUAUGUUGUAAGAUUAUAAAUAGAUAGUGUCUGAAUGCAACGAAAGUUUACAGCUUGAUGAGU